GCCCCGCGCGCGAUCAUGCCCACGAACCUGAUGCCUCCAACAAUGCUUUCUCUGCUGCUGCUGCUCCUCUGCGCGUCCGCGGCCGGCGCCUCGCUGGCCGAGAUGGUGUUCCGCUGCCCGGGCUGCACGGCCGAGCGUCAGGCGCUGUGCCCAAAGCUCACCGAGACCUGCGCCGAGAUGGUGCGCGAGCCGGGCUGCGGGUGCUGCCCCGUGUGCGCCCGUCAGGAGGGCGAGACGUGCGGCGUGUACACCCCGAGGUGCGCCACCGGUCUGCGCUGCUACCCGACGCCCGACUCGGACCUGCCGCUGGAGCAACUGGUGCAGGGCCAGGGCUUCUGCCGGAGCAAGGUGGACACGGAGACCGUCACCUCCAGCCAGGAGCAGCGGGAGCACAGCAGCGGUGAAGUUGUGGAGCCACUGCCAGAGCAAGAUGUGAGUGACAUCCUGGCCGUCCGAAAGCCUACCAAAGAGAGCCCCUGGCUGGGACCCAAAGAGAGCGCCGUACGGCAGCACCGGCACGAGCUGAAGGCCAAAAUGAAAACAAACAAAGUGGAAGAGGUGAAACCUGCCCGACCCAAACAGACUCAGUGUCAGCAGGAACUGGACCAGGUCCUGGAGCGGAUAUCCAAGAUGCCCUUCAGGGAUAACCGAGGUCCUCUGGAAGACCUGUAUGCCCUGCACAUCCCCAACUGUGACAAGAGGGGGCAGUAUAACCUCAAACAGUGCAAGAUGUCCAUUCACGGUCAGAGGGGCGAAUGCUGGUGUGUGAACCCUCAAACUGGCCGACCUAUCCCAUCAGCCCCCACUGUGAGAGGGGACCCCAACUGCAGCCAGUACCUCACAGAGCUGGAGCUGGAGCUCUCCAUUAUGGACCAGAUAUAGUGCAGCACCAUAAAAAAAGAAGCAAAAAACUGUAAAGUAUUUGGGAGCAAAGAAAGUAUUUGAAACAUCUGAGUAAGCUAUAUAUUAUCUUUGUGUGUAUGUGACAGUGACAUUUGUCUUUUUAACCACCAUGAAUCUUGCUACAUCAUAGAAUGUAACUAUAACUGGCUGGUUAUUUUUUUUUACAGGGAAACUUUUAUUUUUUAUUUUAAAAACUUAAACAUUAAGUAGACAUCAGCUGGUGUUUAAGUGACUUUGCUUUAGUAACAGUAACUUUGCUUUGUUGUACUUUGUGUCAAAGAUAAAAAA